AGACAUUCGUAUAUUAUGACUCAAAAUUGUGGCUGACAGUUUAACGCUUUUAGAAGGAAAGGAGAGGGAUUUCUAAAUUUUUUUAGCAUGCGUUUUUCAAAUUCAAGCAACUGUCACUCAACAAUCUUGUUAUGAUCUUCCUAUUACUAAGCAAUUUUUCAUUAUUUGUAUAAUAGCCAUCUUUUAAAAGCACAGUUAAUUAUUUUGUAAAAUACUUUUGCAUAUAUAUUUGUCAGAUUUCUUGAUUUUAUAUGUGCAAGUAAAUUUGGGAGCUGGAAUAGCGACUUUUUCAUCGAUUGGAGUAUUCGACGACUAGUGAUCUUUGCACAGGAUGAAUGUCGUGCGAAUUAAUUCGAGAAAUGUGAUAUUUCUUUUUCUAGCACUUUUGUCAACCUCUGUUCGGGAAGCUCGUAUGAGUUAUGGUGAUAGCUUGACUAGUUAUGCUCUGAAAGAAGCUAAUAUAAAUUCCACAUCAGCUUAUAGCAGUAAAAAGGAAGAAAUAGCUAAUCUAUGCCCAAGUGGAAUAUCUUGCACAGAUUUACCUGGGGAUUGUCUGAAAUGCAAUUUAAAUUAUACUUGUAUAUAUGGUGCUGUAUAUGUUGCUAAUUGUUCUGUGAUCGAACAUGUUGAUUGCGUAGGAGAUCAGGUUUUCUCAAAGAAGUAUAUGUGCCGUUAUUGUUAUCAAACUGAUCACUGGGAACAUCAGUGCCAUCAGAAAAAUUCUUGUAGCUCUGUAGCAUCUCCGCAACAAUAUUACAGAACAAAUUGUACAGUAAAUAAUGACAUACUGUGUCUGGGUAGACGAAAAUUUAUGAAAAAUUUACCAUGUAAUUGGACAGUUGGAUAUCGAUGGUCUACGGCUUUGAUCUUGAGUAUUACUCUUGGAGGAUUUGGUGCAGACAGAUUUUAUUUGGGACACUGGCAAGAAGGCAUUGGCAAGCUGUUCAGUUUUGGAGGACUAGGUGUAUGGACCUUAAUCGACGUUAUAUUGAUUUCUAUGAGAUAUUUAGGCCCUGCUGAUGGUUCUUUAUAUAUUUAGAUUGUUCAUAUAUAUAUAUAUAUAUUUAUAAUAUAAUUAAUUGAAAUUUACUCUUUUAUUA